CAAUUCCCAGUACACAAAAUUUGAAAUCAAAAUCGAAGAGUCUCUGUGAUUGGAUUGAGAUUUCAGGCAGCCAUUAAAAAAAGUCUCCAAUUGACACCUUCAAGGCUUUCAACGAGUUGAAUCCUUCUCUGUUCGUCAUCAAUGGCGUCAAAUCAAUCACACAAAUUUUGAACUCUGUCAUACUUCAAAGCUAUCUAUUUGUUCUUCGUUUUUGUUUUGUUUGUUUUAAUCGAAUAUGCCGAGUUUACCUGUGAAACUCUAUAGCAUCUUCUUCAAGUUGCAGCAAAGAUAUGCUCUUCAUAAUAUCGCGAGAGCUCCGAUUGAUGGUGCCGAUCCUUUUGGUGUAACUUCGCGGCGUGCGGAAUCGACUGCUGCCAGCAACCCUUCCUUCACCGACGGGAUCGCCACCAAAGACAUCCACAUCGACCCUUUUUCUUCUCUCUGUAUCCGGAUUUUCCUUCCGGAUACGGUGGUUCACGACCCGACAAUAUACGAAGACAGAAGCAAAGAUUGUGCUUUUGUUUACAGUGGAUAUUGUCCUCAGCCGGGAACAAAGCACAAGAAAUUACCCGUGGCGUUACAAUUUCACGGCGGGGCUUUCAUCGGUGGAAGCAAUGAUAGUGUAAGGAAUGACUUGUUCUGUCGGAGGAUUGCCAAGCUUUGCGAUGUGAUCGUCGUUGCGGUUGGCUAUAGACUGGCGCCAGAGAGCCGGUAUCCGGCGGCAUUCGACGACGGUUUGAAGGUGUUGAAUUGGUUAGUGAAGGAGGCAAAUUUGGCAGAGUGUGGGAAGUGGAUGGGGAAUGGGAGAAGGAGAAUGGAUGCUCAUGUUUUCGAUGGGUUUGGUGCUUCCAUGGCUGAACCUUGGUUAGCUGCUCAUGGAGAUCCCUCUAGAUGCGUACUUCUCGGGGUAAGCUGUGGUGCGAACAUAGCGGACUACGUGGCUCGAAAGGUGGUUGAGGCAGGGAAGCUUUUGGAUCCGGUUAAGGUGGUGGCACAAGUCCUGAUGUAUCCGUUUUUCAUCGGGAGCAGUCCGACAGCUUCCGAAAUUAAACUGGCAAACUCCUACGUCUAUGACAAGUCAACAUGCUUGCGGGCAUGGAAGCUUUUUCUACCCGAGAAAAAAUUCAACCUCGAUCAUCCUGCUGCCAACCCUUUGAUCCCUGGGCGAGAGCCUCCUCUGAAGUUCAUGCCCCCAACACUGACGGUUGUUGCAGAACAAGACUGGAUGAGGGAUCGGGCCAUUGCUUACUCCGAGGAACUUCGGAAGGUGAACAUAGACGCCCCGCUUCUCGAAUACAAGGAUGCAGUUCAUGAAUUUGCAACUCUAGAGGUUCUCCUCCAGACACCACAAGCACAAGCCUGUGCUGAAGAUAUUGCCAUAUGGGUCAAGAAAUACAUAUCACUCAGAGGCCAUGAGUUUUCUUACUGAGCAGAUCGGAAAGGAAAAACGAGAAAGCGCAAAACGGUCCAUAUCGCAGCAACAAGGUCCGCAAUUUUGCAUGACGAGGGUAUAUAGUUUCCGGUCGCAGACUUGUUCAUUUCAAAUGCCUAUUGGUUUGAGAGCCCUUGCCUCCUCUUUGUUCAUAUUCUUUGGAUUUCAGCUACAAUUUUCACUAGGAAUAUUCAUUUGUUCAUAUUAUUUUAUUUCAACAUUGGGAUGUAUUAUAGUGUAUGAAGGAAUGAACCCAUAUUGCCCAUGCC